UCUCCAGUUUGUGGCGAAUUUGUUUGAUAAUGUGAUUGAGCGGCGAGUUUAUUGUCCGUAUUUGUGCAAAAAGCUACCAUUAAGGCGGCAAAUAAUAUCCUUUGUCCACCYAAGAAGACUGUGCAUUUAUGUUGUUUUUGUGCCGCUCCGAGAAAUCUAUAAACUCAGCCAUGAUUUUGUAAUCGCCCUCGUUAUCUUCAGAUGAUGGCAGAAACCAAUCUUGAACCAGAGAAGGGCUCYACGUCUUAUAAUAUCACAGACAAGCAAAAGUCAAGACCUGCUCCUUUAGACGUUUCUGCAGCUCAAGCCAUGUCGAUAAGCUAUGAUAAAACAGACAAAGGAAAGGCAUCUACCCCUAGAUCAAAGUUAGGACAUAGAAGAGUUGAUGAAAAGGGUGAAACAACAUACAAAAAGACACCGUCAUCAGCGUUGAUGUCAGCUAUUCAGCUUGGCAUUGGGUUUACAGUUGGAAGACUCUCUGCAAAACAAGAGCGCGAUGUAUUAAUGCAAGAUUUUGCUGAAAUUGAAACAGUGUGGUUCCCUAGUGAAGGAACCAAAGGAACACCAUCUCAUAAAUUUAGUGAUUUUAAAUUCAAGUCAUAUGCUCCUGUUGCUUACAGAUUCUUUAGAGAACUUUUUAGUAUGAAGGCUGAUGAUUUUAUGAUGUCAUUGUGCAAUGAUCCUUUACAAGAAUUGUCUAAUCCUGGUGCCAGUGGUUCUCUUUUUUAUGUUACCUGCGACAAUCAAUUCAUUAUCAAGACUGUUGACCAUAAGGAAGCUGAAUUCUUACAAAAACUGCUUCCAGGAUAUUAUUUGAAUCUUAAUCAAAACAAAAAAACUCUUCUACCAAAGUUCUUUGGGCAGUUUUGCUAUCAGUGUGGAGGGAAAAAUAUCCGACUGGUAGUCAUGAACAAUCUCUUACCUACAGUUUAUAAGUUUCAUUGGAAAUAUGAUUUAAAGGGAUCUACAUACAAAAGAAGAUCUUCUAAAGCUGAGCGAGCUAAAAGUACACCUACAUUAAAAGACUUGGACUUUCUUAGUGAUCAUCCAGAGGGAAUAUUAUUGGAAUCAGAAACACAUAAUGCAUUAAUCAGAACUCUUCAAAGAGAUUGUAGGGUGCUGGAAAGUUUUAAGAUAAUGGAUUACAGUCUGCUGCUAGCAAUACAUAAUCUUGAUGAAGCACAAAGAGAGAGACAGCAAGAUGGGACCUUAACGCCRUCAGGUCAAAUGACAGACCAAGAAAAACCUAUAGAAACAACAAGUAUCAAGUUAGUAGAGAAAUCUGAGGCUGAAUCAUUUGCUGAUCAUCAAGCUCUUCAAAGAUCUAAAAGUCUUAAAGGCCGAGAAGGCUUCAAUUCUGCUUGGGAAGCCAUAACUGUUAAAGAAACGAUAGAAAGACCAUAUGGUGGUAUUCCAGCAAGAAAUGCAAAAGGAGAAAGACUACUAUUAUUUAUUGGAAUCAUUGAUAUUCUACAAAGCUAUCGACUAAAAAAGAAGCUGGAACAUGGCUGGAAAUCUAUGAUUCAUGAUGGGGAUACAGUGUCAGUCCAUCGACCUAGUUUUUACAGCCGAAGGUUCUUGGASUUUAUGUCCUCCAAGGUUUUUAAGAAGUUGCCAGGAAAAGAGAAAACAUCACCAAGAAAACGAUCUUUAGCAGCAUCUGUUAUCCGUCAAAGAUCAAUGACAGAGGCAGAUAAGUCAAGGAUAGAACAGCGCAGAGAAAGAACACUAACGGAAAACUCUAAAGAUGUCUCUCCAGAAGACAGUACGGCCAGUGAUUACAGAGACAAUAGUACUGCACAUAAAGGGUCKCCCGACUCUGGGAUAUCACCAUCACCAGCUCCUGAGUCUGUAAGUACUACAACAACUAGCACGCACGAUGCCCAAAGCACCCGACAGGAAGUAACCAAUGAAAAGGAAAAUACAACAGUUCCAGAAAACAAACAGACAUUCUGUGAUAAAGAGACAAGUCAGUUUCCAGUUACCAGAUGAUGAAGACAUUCCUACGGAGAGUAACAUGUGAAGACAAUAUACAUCUAAGUCUUAGGCAGAAAUGUUAUUGUCAGGGUUCUAAUCAGCUGUAUAAACAACUAGAAAACUACAACUGAUUUCAUCAAGUAUUACUGGUCAUUAACUAAGAAAUAACUGGAUUUGUUUGCCAUCUACUGUAAAGGAACCUGAUUGUUAGCUAAUGUGCAUAAAGAUAAACUAUAAACAUGAUCCRGGCUCAAAUUCAACAGUUUUAUGUUGCAACCAUGACAUCAUGAGCAGGCCUGUCAACCCCACUCUUGURUAAAUAUUGCACUAUUACUAAUCUGCAAUUAUGCUUUAACCUGACCUUUUUAACCUUUAACCUCAGUUUUUGGCAUUAUAUCAGAAAAUUUCCUAAAGAAAACUAGACAGGUUUUUAUAGGGUUGGUUUAUCUGGAAGGGUUGUUGGGAGACCUGCAUGAUAGUUGUCAUGGAAACUAUCAAAGUACACCAAGUAUAGUUUUGCAAAGAUGUGUUCUUUUGAAAAUCGAUGCACAAYAUCAACCAGAACCUGUAUCAGAAUUAAAAACUAUAAAUAAUAMUUUAAAGAUAAUUUUGGUUGACUUGGAAAUCCCAAUAAUUUAAAAAUGGAAGUGGUAAAUGUCAGACCACAAAUCACCGAAAAUUAAUUUUAUUACAAGAUUUUUUAAAUGUUUACUUAGCAGGAGCGGAUCCAGGAUUUUCCUCACGUAGGGGUGCGGGUCUCUCAAGAGGGGGUUCACCCCACAAAAAUCAUUACCAUGAAGAUACAAAUUAAGGAAUGUAUUGAAAGAAAUAGAUCUCAGGAGAGGGUGCGCACCCCCUGCACCCACCAGCUGGAUCAGCCUAUGCUUAGUAUGUUACAAGAGUAAUGUGGUUCUGUACAAUAUACAUGUACYAUAUCUGCAUACACAUGAUGUAAAAUUGACAUUUUAAGGGGAACUUAUCUUUGUGGUAUUUUUUGCCAUAGUGUUUAUCUUCCAUSGUGACAUUUCCUUCAGACUGAAAGAWCAAAAACUGCAGGAAUGGUCCAAGCUACAAAGGGGUUAAGGAGCUAUAAUGAAACUACUUGCAAAUCUUUUCAGAACAAUGAUGGAAAUUUAGGGGUUUAGGGAGCUUAUAAAAUUUUCUUUGAAAUCUAUUCUGAACAUUUGCCUCUCGCAGCUGUUAUUUGGCUAGUUCAAAUGUCUAUUAGUGGAGAGACAAAGGAACAAGCUAAAUAACAGCAGUCAGAGGAAUCUAUUCAAUGAUUGAAUACAUUUUUGAGAACUUAUAACAAGGGUGAUUGAACUUUUGUUUUACAAAGUAUCUGUACUGCAUUUUCAUAGAAUAUCCUGCUGUUGUUCUACAAAAACUAAAAGGAAAAUGCGGUGUGGUUGGUAGUCUCCUUCAUAUCCAUUUCCAGUGUCAAAAUGCGAAGCGUAAUCAUUACAUUGACACCGGAAACGGAUGCAAAGGAGACUGUGGUUGGAUUCUUGUAAAAUUAGUAUAACUGAAAGAAAACUACAUAUUUCAUGUACAAGACAAUAAUUGCACUCUGAUGAUGUGAAGGUUUGUAAAUCAGUCAAUAGAUUGCCAGGUAUAACUGACAAAAUGUACAAUGCUGGACAGUGUACAAAGAAGUCUACUUACAAAUAAACUAAUAACAAAUUGA